AGUGCAUUGUUAAAUGCUGAGUGUGCACGCGCGCUGCCGUGCAUUCACAGCGGCCGCGUGCGCUUUCCACCUGCUUCACUAAAUGCAGCUGAUUCAUCCCUAAAAGAUGCGCUUCCGUUUGACGGGAUUUACGGAGCUGGUUGUGGGGAUUCCCUUUAUCCGUUCGUUCAACACAAGCGGGCGGGAGGCAGCGAAGUGCAUCUGGUCUGGAAUCGAAAUCACGAGCGUGUGUAGUGGUGACAGCUAGGGGGCUCGUGGUCGAGAGAGAAAAAUGUGUAACCGGAUCGGCGCGUUAGUUUGCUAGCUCAUGCACACACACGCGCAGCACACGAGCGCUGCUGGUUCAUCAAAUCCAAUCGACGCUCCUGCUUUUAAAGAGCGCCAUCAGACAGUCUUCCAGGAUAGUCACGUGUGGCUCUCGUGGCAUGACUACUACAAGUAAGGGAAACAAAGCCCUGAAGGUGAAGCGGGAGCCAGGAGAGAAUGGCACGAGCCUUACGGACGAUGAGCUAGUGUCGAUGUCGGUGCGUGAGCUGAACCAACACCUGCGCGGCCUAUCCAAAGAGGAGAUCGCACAACUAAAGCAGCGGCGGCGCACACUAAAGAACCGUGGCUAUGCCGCCAGCUGUCGCGUCAAGCGCGUCACUCAGAAGGAAGAACUGGAGAAGCAAAAAGCUGAGCUGCAGCAAGAGGUGGAGAAACUCGCUUCCGAGAAUGCCAGCAUGAAGGUAGAGCUAGACGUGCUGCGCUCCAAGUAUGAGGCACUGCAAAGCUUCGCCAGGACUGUGGCGCGCAGCCCCGUACCAGCUGCCAGGGGCGCAAUCACACCAAUCAUCGUACCAGGCAAGGUGGCCGCAACGAGUGUCAUCACCAUCGUCAAGUCCAAAACGGAGGCACGCUCGUAAUGCACAAUGCCUUUGGUCAGUGAAUCAUUAUCAAGCACAGAUCUGCAACAUCUGCUUCAAACAAUACAGAAGUUAAAAUAUGCUCUGCCUAGCAGUGUGCUUAUUAAGGCGGCAUGUAUGGUGAGGUUUGUUUGUUAACCUCCAUUAAGGCCUUCUGGUUUUUCAUAGCUGUAAUUUUUUUGUUUGUUUUGUUUUGUUUUUUUACAUUAACCUCAAGUGUUAUACAUUCCCAGAUUUAGCACAACCUUCUAUGCACCAGUGUAGGGAUUAUUAGUUCAUAAGACAAAAAUAACACAAGAGAGCAAAGCUAACGUGUCUACUUCUUUUAUUAUAACUAAUGAUUCUGUCUUAACAAGUUCUCAAUUAGCUGAGUCAUGUGUGAAAGGGCAAGCAAACUUGGCACUGGUUAAACAGUAGAACAAUGCAGUUCAACACGGAGACCACCGACUUUGGUUGGCACCAUAUUUGCAACAUUGCACUGAGAGUUUUGUUUACUGAUAUUUAGCAACCUGGUAUUUUCUCGGUAUAAUGGGGAAAAUAUUGGAUUUGUUUUCAUUUUUCAGAUUCGUGUGCUUGAUAGUAUCCACUGACCACCUCUUAGAUGGGCUGGAAAACAAUGCUAGUGAUGAUGAAAUCAAUUAAUUACAGAAAUUGUCGGUAUUCAAAAGAUCUUAUGCUUACCUUAAACAUGAGCCAAUUAUGGGAGUCAGGAGUAGUUUUCAGACGUUGCAGUGGCUGAGUCAAUUCACAGCCAGUUGUAGGUGAAAUUCAGUCUUCUUCUCAAUCUCAACUUCUAUUUAAAUGAAUCCAUUCUGCUAAAAUUUGUCACAUUAAAAAAACAAACAAAGCAAUUCUAUAUUAAUAUUAAUCUGUAAACAUAUUAUUCCAAUUAUGGGAUUUCUGGGAAAUUUUGAAGACAUAUUAAGGUUAGCUUUGGAUAUAUUGCCUGUAUUAAUGUUAAUAAGAGCACUUUGACACUCAGUCAGUGCAAUAGGAUGAAAACCACAAACUCUCAUUAUUGGCUUUAAAACAAAGUUGGGGGAAAUAUCCAAUUUACACAAAUUUUCCACUUUAGGCAGCACUGAUCUCCAACAUAUCCAAAUGUUGCUUCUUUAUUUUUGUUCUGGAUCUUGGCUAAUUAUUGGUAGUCCAUGACAACUUUAGCCAUUUGUCUUAAACCUGACUGUUAAAAUAAUCUGUAACUGGAAAUUAAACGAUUAAAGAAUGAAUACAGGAUGUACCCGUCAAUUCAAGAUUUUAUAAGCAUACAUUAAAUGAAUGGGUUUAAAUUGGCUGCAGUUUGUAUUAGGACUAGAUUCUGGCUUCUGUUACUCAUGAGAUGUCCUCAUGUUCGCUUCAUGUUACGUCAAGCGCAAAAAAGCAGAAAAAGCUAAAAAUACGGACAACAAACAUGUCAUGGCUGAUAAACAGUGUUUUAAAUACAGAGCAUUUGUGUCAAUUUGAAUUUUCCCCAAAAUGAUUCCUUUAUUGAUGAAAGUUUGGUGUUCCAUGCCAUGCCAGGCUAACACAUAAAAAAACAAAACAAAAAAACCCCAACUGUUAGUUUUUUGUGCCCUGUUUGUUUAAUUCCAUUUGUGGAAUGAUGUUUACAAGUUAUAUUCUGAUGAAUAUGACAAGGAGAGGCAAUAAACUACCGUAUUUAUGCAUGGAAAAGGAGAAAUCCGGUAACUGUCUCCGAGGGUGAUGUUCACCUUUCAUAGACACAAGUUUGUUAUGAGGGAGCCUGUCCACAGAACAUAGCAAACUCCUUCCUUGUUUGAUUGAAUUCUGUUUUAUGUGUUUUUAAAACUGGUUUGAUGUAGAAGUUCAUUGGCAAAUGUGAAGUAUCGAGUGGUUUCGUUUCGUUCGACUUUCUAGAGCUUAAUACUGUGGAUGGACUGGUCAUAGUUGCCUAAACACUGAUCCACACAAGCUUUAUCGUUUACUUAUUAUUAGCAAGUGUUCUUUGAUGUCUUUGUCCAGCUAAAGUUCUAGCUCUAUCUUUGUUAUUUUCUGGUAAGAAAAUGUUUUGUUAUUUAUAACAGAGGUGUCCAAUUCAUGUCUUAGUAGGUUAGAGUUCAACACAGUUUGCCAGUCAUUUGCCUGCACUAAUUAACACACCUAAUAGUAAUCGCUAAAAACAAGGAGUUUUUCUAUCAGGUGUCUUUCAGCAGGUAAAUAACAACUAAACUGCAUACCUGACUUUAACCAGUUGAGUUGGACACCUCUCAUUUAUAGGGAAAAAAAUGUCUGGGGAAAAAUACAAACCUUGAACUUGUUUGAUAUUGACUUUGCAAUUGUACCAAAAGUGGCUUAUUAUUGAAGUCUGAUAGCUUUUUUAGUGACUAGGCGCGUGGCGUGCUGUGAAAGUGAUCAGGUGGCAGUGUCGUCCACUCUAUUGGUGUCAUUCUGUACUAUUUACAUGAAUAUAUUUAGAAGAAUUUGUAGAAGACAGGCAAUGUAUAGAAGACAGUUAACCAUCUGUUUUGGUCCCUUCCAUAUAACUGAUGCAGAUUUUUUUUUAACACCAUCUCAAUUUGUUGCGCAGCACAAAACUGAAUUCUUCCGCCUGUGUGGUUUCUCCCAAAUAAUGGACUUCCAUAACGCAAGAUGUUCCUGAAGGUGCUAAACAGGGCAAUUGUUAAGCAAGGUUUUAUAACUUUGGCAAGACUUUUUUUUUAAACAUGUGUAUGGGUUUAGUUAAUAAGAACGUCUUUACAAUCAUUGAAUUUCUGCUUUAUUUUGGUUAUUAUGUGUCUGUAAUAAACAACAGCAGAAUUAUGUUUAAAAAAAAUUAGCAGUGAAGUUCAGUUAAAACUAUUGUGCCAUGCUUUUGCCUUAUUGGCUGUUCAUCGUGGUGCCAACAUUCCCCUUUUUUCAUACAGUGUGACACUGUAUGUUGAUCUUUUGGUUGAACUGAAUAAAUCUGUGUGUCAUAUUAUACUUACACUGUCGAUUAACAACAUAUUGAAAAAAUUAACAGAUUUAUUGAUGAAUAUUGCCAUGAUGGUAGAACUCCAAAACUGAAGUUGAAUCAUAAUUACCACAACAAAAAAGGUUGGGUGUAUCGUUAUGUAAAAUAAAUCUCAACCAGCGCUUACCUUGCUUUUUUCCAUUACAUAGCUUAUGAGCUGUGUCAGACUGAACAUGGUAGUAGAUGAGGUGUUGCACUAGAGAAGCAGCAAAGUGCUUUCAUGAGCAUAUGAAGGUGAAUUAAAACGAAUUGCACUGUUGCGAUAGGUAGAUUUGCUCAGGAUAAAUAAAUUCAGCUUCCAACUGUAUGGUGAAAGGGCAGCAAAGAGGGGAGUUUGCAACAUCACAGCUCUAGCACCCUUGGUUCUGUCCUGAGAUCUGGUUAGUGUGUAGUUCUGGCCACAUGGGUUUCCUACAGGUCCUCCCAGGGGUGGACAAAUCAUAAAUUCAUUAACUAGUCCACCAGACAAGUGAACACUCCGACGUGCAACAAAGUCAUUAAGUUGUUGGAAAACAUUUUGACUAGAAGGCUCUGUCCACGUAUUGAAUGGAGUGUGUAUAUUCUCUGAAUGUUUUUUUGCAAGGCGACUAUUUCUUUUUAUCUUAGGUGGUUUUCACACUGGGCAUGUUUGCUGCAGCCCAAUUCCGAGUGCGAUUGUUCUUGCAGCAGUGGUCUGGUUUCAGACCUCGCUGCAUUUGCAUUCAUCUUACAUCAUCACAAACGGGCAUGAAGAACACACUGUGUUGUGGAAACCAGUGAUUUCGUCAUCUGCUAAAACACAUGCACAGGUUAUUAGUAUGAGUUGCUUCACGUUCACUAGAAUCAUGGCACAGUUCCAGGGCAACCGAACUCACACCACCUGCUACAAGUACUCUCGGGUUUGGUACCGUAGUGUGAUUCCUGGUCCACAUGACAGCUUUCACAUUACCCAUGUUACAUUUGCAUUACCAAUUAAUCAUUCUCUGUUUCAGACUGAAUUUCCAGCGUGAAAGCCACAUAAGUGCGCCUUAUAUAUAAGCUUUGCACUAGAUUUUUGGUAGUGGUUCCACAUGGCCACAUGUUGCUGAUUCUGAGCUUUUACCUGGUCAUUCUAAAUAAUCCACCUAUUACAAAUUAUUUCCCACAACCAGAUCCUUGCCUGAGCAGCAAGGUGUGUUGCACCACAAUGAAGAGCAUUAAGUGUAAACCGUCACACCAAAUGACGACUAAGACAGUAAGACUUUUUUGUUGGGGUCAAAAACUCUUGAGGAACAUUUUGACCAACGAGCAAAAUCAUUACUUAGGUGAAGUUGCAAAGUCCUGAACUCCUGUUUUGUAGAACGAAGUAGUUGGACAAGAAGUUUAAAUCUCUUGCAUUAUAUUCUACCUGGGCAGUGAGCUGGCAUGGAAACUUGUGGUACUAAGUCACAGUGUAACGUCACAUUUACUGUACCGAAUAAUAGGGAUGUGAUCAGUAAUCUGGUUUACAGAGAGGAAAUGAAAUAGUAGAUGGCAGUUAUUUAACGACUUACUUUUUAAACAGCUAACAUGCCAGCGGAAAAGCUUACUCUUAACAAGAUUUUAAAAAGUAUCGUAGCAAUUAUGCUAACAAAAGAGUUUGGUUUACAUGAGCUCUUUGAAAAUACAAUUUAACAUCAAAAUAGUUGGCAGCCGGUUUAUCAUACAGCUUAUCAUUCUCAAAGUCUAUAGAAGUCUGAAUUUAGAUUCCUGGUUUUGGGGGAAAAAAGAAAAUAAAAAACAUUUCAGGAUCUCAGGCAUUUCUUGUGUUUACUACACACAGGCCUCCUCUGUAGUGGUAAAUGGAGUUCUUGGACAAAUGCCCCACUUUAUCCUUUUGUGGAUAUAAAUUAUUGAUCUGAGCUAUUUCACAUAGUCCGAUGUCCAUGAUAGUUAGCAUAAUAGAGCGGUUGUAAGAUUGACAGGAGGAAGGAGAGAUAUCACACUGAGCUGAGUAUUGAAUGAUAAAGAAGUCUGUUUUUGCUGUGCUUUGAGUAACAGCAUCAGGAAUAGAAGCUUUUUUUUUUUUUAAGCUUAGUCAGUCCAGAAAUUGGCAUGUCUUACAGCUCUGUAGGAGACCUUGUCAUUUUUAAACACAGAUCACACUAUGCAUCCAGGAGAGCCGCCUUUAAUCCCUACCAUUGUCUUACCAGAGAUUCCGAGGUUCACUCACUUGAUCAGCACUUAAUGUGACAAACUCUAUUAGCUUUAGGCUAACCGGGCUUUGUUCAUCAUGUUCUUUGUUCGUUGAGAGGGUUCAAACACCAGGUUCAUAUAUGACUAGUUUGUUGUCUCAGAAUUGUUAAAUCAGAAAAAAAAAGCUUAUGAAAUGUGAGUUGGUUAUCGGUGAAUAGAAUGUGCUGUUUUGGAUAUAUAUGAGUACUUUGUAUGAAAUACAGUAACAAAAUGGGUGAACUGUAACUUUAUUAAUUAAAUUAUUGUACUUUUUUGCAAUCUGUACAUAAAAAGUGAUGAUGUAUUAAUAUCUAUAUUCAUAUAUAAGAACUGUGGAUUUUAACCAUGCAGAUAGUCUUUCUUGGGUUUGACUAAGUUAUCGAUGUACUGUUGUAUAUCUGUUGUAUAUAUUGUAUGUUUGGUGAUAUACAGCUUCCUUUAUUUUAUAUAUGAUCAAUAAAAAGGUUUUGAGAGAUGUCCAUAA